UUUACUACCACGCGGCCAUUACGUAAGUUUGCUGGAACGGUUGGAUCACAUGAAUCAAAUUAGCCGUUCUGGUGGCCCUGGUGGGUCUUCCCAACAAAUGCAGUUAGGUCCAGGGCAGAUCCCGGGAGGGCCAAUGAACGUGAAUGCUAUGAAUUUACAGCAGAUUCAACCAAUGGGUCAACAGCAAAUGGCGCAAAUCAGCAUGAACCAUCAGCAAUUAAAUCAAAUGAUGAACGCACGUUUGAACGCUGCUGGUCCUAUGGGUACAAAUGCUGGUGCAGGAGCGCAAAUAUCAGUACCGAAGGGCUUGGAAUCAUCUGCGCAUCAGACAUUUGAGUCUGCUGUUGUUGCUGUUGAUUUUGUGCAGCCUACAUACCAGUGGCAGAUGGCACAGUACUUGGUGAAGGACUUUGCCGUAAGAACUGCUGCUACUGACCCGGAACACCACGAUUAACCUGAAACAUCUGGCCACCCUGACCUAUUGGCAUAUUUACCUUCUGUUGCAUAUUCUGGGAAAUACCUAUCAUUUGGCUGAUACCACUUUGCUGGCCAGCAUUUUGGGGCAUUGCACCACCCUGUUGACCUUGUGGUCCACCAACAACAUUGCCUGGAUGCAUU